UUUUUACUAAUAUUUGUCAUUCUUAUGAUAAUGACACAGUCGUCCACCACAUUAAUGACUUGUUGAAAAAAAAACAAAUCAGAACAAUAGAAAAAAAAAAGUACCAUGAAACUAAAUUCAGAAAUAAACAACCUAAAUCCUAACCAAAUCUAUAAUUCAAAAAGUACUAAUUAAAGAUAGAUAAAAACUAUCAAAAUCUAACAAAUUAAAACAAAAACUUAUAAAAUCCGGAAAUAAAUAAAAAACCAAAAAUUAAAUAAAAAUACCCUAAAAACUAACUAAAACUCAAAAAUUAAAUUUAAAAUAAAAUAAAAGACCGACAAAAAAACUCUUAUAUCCCCGAAUCAACACCUAUUUAUCAAUUAUGUGUCUGGUGAAGUAACAAGUUCCUAAUCAAUACUCACUUAACUAUAGCAUAUGACAGAGAUCAAUGUGUGAUUAAUGAAGAAAAUUCAAACUUUCUCGUCUGCCAAGUGCCAACAAAGCCGGCGUCCUCCGGUACUCACACAAAGAAAAUGCAAACGACAAAUUGGCAUGCAGCCACAUGCCUGCCAAAAAAACAUAACAAUAUGAUCAUUAGUAUCUUUUCUUUCAUCAUCUACAAGCAUUACAAUUGAUUCUCACUUGAGUGUGCUUGGAGCUUUUCUUCCACAAAUAAACACAGUACUGGUAUUUAGUUAACAUACGCAACAUAACAUAUACAUAUACGAGUAAUUCAACAUGGCACUUCCUUCAAACCUAUUACCGGAUGAGGCAAGCCCGGAGUGGCUGAACAAAGGGGACAAUGCGUGGCAGCUCACAGCUGCUACACUGGUUGGCCUCCAGAGCAUUCCUGGGCUCGUGAUCCUAUACGGAAGCCUGGUGAAGAAGACAUGGGCUGUGAACUCUGCUUUCAUGGCCUUCUACGCCUUUGCCAUGGUUCUCCUAUGCUGGGUGGCGUGGGGUUUCUGCAUGUCGUUUGGCGAGAAACUCGUUUUCUUCUUGGGAAAACCUGGGGUGGCAUUGGAUGAGAAUUUCCUCUUAGGGAAAGCUUUCUUGGGGAUGUUCCCCAAUGCUACUAUGGUGCUUUUUCAAGGCGUGUUUGCAGGAAUUACGUUGAUCUUGAUAGCCGGUGCGUUGCUUGGAAGGAUGAACAUUCGCGCGUGGAUGAUGUUUGUUCCACUUUGGGUUAGUUUGUCGUAUAGUGUCACUGCGUUUAGCAUUUGGUGCCCUGAUGGGUGGUUGGCGAAGCUUGGUGUCAUUGAUUUUGCUGGCGGUUAUGUUAUUCACCUCUCUGCUGGAGUUGCUGGUUUCACUGCAGCUUAUUGGGUUGGUCCACGGCCAGAGAAGGAGAGAGAAAUGUUUCCAGCAAACAACAUGAUUUUAGUGCUUGCGGGCGCUGGCCUGCUUUGGAUGGGUUGGAGUGGAUUUAACGGUGGAGCUCCCUUCGCGGCUAGCACAGUGGCAUCGCUGGCUAUUCUCAACACACACGUAUGUACCUCCGCUAGCAUUGUUGUGUGGGUUCUGCUCGACACUUUCUACUUUGGCAAACCCACUGUUUUUGGUGCAGUACAGGGCAUGAUCACUGGCCUUGUUUGCAUUACACCCGCCGCAGGAGUUGUGCAGGGGUGGGCAGCGAUCUUGAUGGGUUUGAUUUCAGGAAGCAUUCCCUGGUACACCAUGAUGAUACUCCACAACAAGGUCCCUUUCUUAAAGCAAAUUGACGACCCCAUGGCGGUGUUCCACACCCACGCCGUAGCCGGGGCUCUCGGCGGCAUUCUCACCGGCUUCUUCGCCGUGCCUAAGCUAUGCCGUCUCUUCUACAUGGUGCCUGAUUGGGAAAAGUACAUUGGCCUCGCCUAUGGCCUCCAGAACGGUGCAACUCAAGCGGGGUUGAAACAGAUGGGGAUCCAAGUUGUGGCCAUUGUUUUCGUGAUUUGCUUCAACUUUGUCUCCACUACCUUGAUUUGCUUGCUUGUGAGGUUAAUGGUUCCACUCAGGCUUGAUUCUGAUGAGUUGCAAGGUGACAAGGCAAUGCAUGGAGAGGAGGCUUUCAACUUGCAUGGUGGUGGUGGUGAUCAUCAUGCUGUGAAAUUUGAGAAGGUGAAGCAUAAUAAGGUUUAUGACACUCCAGAAUUUUCAUUCAUUAACGAGUCAACGUCGUCAGUUUUUGUCAACCUUCAAAUGGUGUGAAAUCAUCAAUGUAUAUCAACCAAAAUGUUAUGCAUCAUGUCUAAUAAACGUUGGAAGUCAUCAUGUUCA